GCAAGAUACUUCCACACAAUCAAAACAAAAAUAUAGUUCUGAUCUGCUGAAUGACAAACAUUUUCCCAAUCCUGGUCCAAGGGAUUUAGAAGGAAACAUAUGGUAUAUUGGUACCUAUAAUCGCCAUGAAGCAGAGGAAGCUUUGAGGAUGUACAACAAGAAUGGUGCAUUCAUGGUAAGGGAUAGUUCCAAAGGAAUCCCUGAUAAGCCAUACGUGCUGCUGGUGUACAACAACUAUAAAGUUUACAGCAUUCAAAUACGCUACCUGGAGAGCAGCAGACAGUACACUUUAGGGAGUGGGCUCAGAGGAUAUGAUGUGUUUGAUUCAGUCCCUCAUAUAAUAGAAAUUCACAAAAGUAUUCCGUUGCGAUUAAUCGAUGGAAGGGAUCAGUCAGGAAGUCAAAUGGAACAAUGCAUCCUCACCGUUCCACUAAUACUGCGUUGA